CUGUAUUUUGUUCCUCCCCGGACGAUACAAGUACACGGAUAAGAAGAGUUCCGAGGAACUGAAAGAUGGCGCUGCCCAUGUUGAGAGGUUGUUACAGGGUUCCAUCCACAUUCAGCUGGACUCGUCUGUUUUUAAAUGAACGUAUAGUCCUGCGGCCGGCGCCCCCCUUAGCCGCCGGUGCGGCGGCAGCAGCGGUCCGACCCUACAGCUCCGACCGGGGCAGAGAGAGACAGAACCAGAAGGUGAUGGUGGUGGGUAUCCCCAACCCCUUCAUCUGGCUCCGCACCCGGAUCUACUACUUUCUGAUCCGAGCUUACUUUGACAAAGAGUUCAGCAUCGAGGAGUUCACGGAGGGAGCGAAGCAGGCUUUCUCCCAUGUGUCCAGACUCCUGUCACGGAGCCAGUUUGAAGCUCUGGAAGGUCUCGUGGCCAAAGACUUGAUUGGAAAGCUUGAGGAAAAGUGCAACCUGCUGCCACUGAGCCACAAGAAAGCCCUCUCUGCAAAUGCUGACGAGAUCAUGUACACGACAUCCGGAGACGUGGGAAUCUACUAUGAUGAAAAUGGAAGGAAGUUUGUCAGUAUCCUGAUGCGCUUCUGGUAUCUGACAAGCGCACAGCUUCCUGAUGACGACAUGGAGGGAGCUCGUGUCUUCCAGGUGGCCAUUGGUGGUGAGGGAGAAGUAGAAACGAAAAGACUGCUAACUGCAAAUUAUGAAUUCCAAAGGGAGUUUACUAAGGGAGUGCCACCAGACUGGACCAUUACAAGGAUAGAGCACUCCAAGCUUUUGGAUUAAGCUGGUUUCGAUUUUAGGCAGAUGUACCAGUGGAAACUAUUCAAAGACAUGAAAUUCUCUUUAGUAUUUAGUUUCAAGAAUCGAGGAGAGAAAAGCUCAAAUUAAACAGAGAGGAAAACAAGACACAGCUCCUCAUGGGAAGUCAGAGAAAAGCAUCAGGACAAACUUGGAUCACUAUUCUCCAAGAUGCUCUCCACGCCGGUCUGCAGUAUGUCAAUGUUUCUGAUUGUAUUCUCAACAAUCUCUAACAUCCCAGCAACGAAUGACCAGAACUUGACCGAUCUGUGAACUCUUGCUUUGAGAAUCAAAUCAUAGCCUUAUUUCAACCAAGAGCUGCUGCUGCAAACACUUUCAUUUAAAUACAGAUCGUCUCCACAGAUACAAAUGGCAAAGACUUCAUCAAACAAAAAUGUUCAAUUUUAAUACAGAGUUACUACACUCUUUGCGUGUCACAUCUCUGUGUAUGAUUGUGUGUUACAAUUUGUGUCCAAUGUUCCCAAUACAAAGUUGUCGUACAUUGUUUUUCAUGUUUCAUUCAUGUGAGUGAGCUAUGUGUCUGAUGCAGUGUGCGUACUGUAUGUUGUCUGUAAUGGUUAAGGCAGCUGCAGAGGACCAUUGAUUGUUUUAUCAAAGGUUUGAGAAAUGUAUGGUAUGUUCAUGUAAACUGUAAAGUGGCAAGAAAAAGUCUGCAGACUUUGAGGUAGGACCUGCCUCCCUGCAUUACUUGCUCAUGAAAUGUGAUCUGAUCUUCAUCUACUGUGAGUCACAAAUAUAGACAAAGUGUGUGCCGAA